CCCACGACUGCCCCCUGCUCCCCUCCCUGCCCCAGGCCAGAGCUCUCGCAAUGUCGCUCGCUGCGCCUGAGCUGCCCAAGCCCGGAGAGGAGGUCGAGCAGACGUGCCUGCCGGAGCACUGCUUCCACUGCUUUGACACCCUCUUUUGCGCGCUCACCUCCAAGAAGCCGGUGCCCCCCAAGUUCCCCGAGGGCAAGUACCCCCUCUUUGUCACCUGGAGCACGGUCCGCCCGGGGAAGGCUUCCAGGCUCCGGGGCUGCAUAGGCACCUUCGACCCGCGGCCGCUGCGGGAGGGGCUCGCAGAGUACGCGCUCACGAGCGCGUUCCGCGACCACCGCUUCCGGAAGAUCGAGGAGUGGGAGCUGGAGACCCUCGAGUGCACCGUGUCCCUGCUCACGGACUUCGAGGACGCGGCGUCGUACCUCGACUGGGAGAUCGGCGUGCACGGCAUCCACAUCUCGUUCCCGCACCCGUCGCUCAUCCCCGCGUCGCCCUCGCCGUCGUCCGCGCCGUCCCCACUUGGGUCCGCGCCGACGGUGCCGACGCGUAGCACGCUCCGCCACUCGUUCUCCGCGACGUUCCUGCCCGAGAUCGCGGAGGAGCAGGGCUGGGACCGGCUCGAGACGAUCGACAGCGCGAUCCACAAGGCCGGCUGGAGCGGGCGCAUCUCCGAGGACCUCCGCCGCGCGCUCACCGUGCGCCGGUACCAGAGCCGGGUCUGCUCUGUCGGCUGGGAGGAGUACGUGCAGUGGCGGACCGAGAACGGGGGCGCGAUGUAGGUAAGUAGGGGCCUCCGCGCGGCGCUGGGCUUCCUCCCGCGCGCGCAUGUGACUAUGGACUGCGAACUACAACUCCGCACUGGGGGCGGGAGAAGCGACGGAUCUCAGGCUUCUUGUUUCUCUUUGACAACGUGGGGGUGCUCGUCGACCACGGACUGUACCAUAGAGUGAUCCAAUUACGGUGUUUUUACAUAGUGUAUUCUCCGGACAAAUGUACAGUGUGCCCGCUCACGCCUGCCAGCCCCGCUGCUGCUCCCUGCUGUUGUGCACCCGCUCAAAGAAAGCCCUGUCGAACUCCUCCGCGUAGAUCUUGUCCCGCAGCUCCCGCACACGACCAUCCCACCGCCCGCCGUACCGGCCCUCGAGCCGUUCCCACACGCUGCGCAGGAUCGCACGGUCGUACCCGCUCGUAAUCGCGAACGCCACGAGCAGCCAGUAUACGGUCCGAGAGCUCGGCCGCGCUUCGUGCGGCAGCUCGAUGAAGUCGCCGAACAGCGUGUGGAGCUGCUCGAGCGUCCAUGGGCGCCACGCAGGCUCCCCGUGCACGUCGUAUGCGAACUCCGUGCUUGCGAGGUCGUCCGGGAGCGUCGCGUGCCGCGCGAAGCCGAGGAAGAGGGAGCGGAAAAUGGGGAGAAUGGGGCUAGGAAGCACGGUUCCAGGGACAUAGUUGGCUAUAUCUUCGAGCGUUCCGGUGAUAGGCUCCGGAGAGGUCAUCAUGUCCGAGAAGACGUCCAAACAGUCGCGGAAGCAUCCGUGGUAAGCGUACACCUGGAUGAGGGUGUAGUACGUGACGGCGUCGGGCUUCAUGUCUGGUGGGAUGACGAUGCGUUCGUGUUCUUCCAAAUGGCUGACGGCACUUUCGACGGCAGGGUCAUCCUGGAGAGAGUCUUCUUCCAGUAGGUGGUGCCGCAGAACACGGUAGAUCAAUCCGGAGACGUCGUGCCGUCCGUUACGCCCAAACGCGUAAAUCAGCGCAUUGGUCCCGUCUUGGCUAAGCGGCCAGGCGUUCUCCAUUACGCGGAACAUCAUAGAGCGCACGCUUCCCAGCCGACCUUUGCGAGCAUAGAAUCGCAGAUAAGCAAGGAAGGUGAUGC